AUGGAGGUGAAAGUGGAUCCUCACGAGGUCAUGAGCGCAGAGGAACAGGACCUGCGAGAGGCCCUGAAGGCCGCCUUCGCGCGGCUCAAGGUCGCCGCCGCGAGGUGGAGCGAAGAUGGAGAAGAUGACCAUGGCGCCUCCUGCGUGCAUUGUUUUCGGAGAUUCUCACCCAGCUGCGCGCCGGGGCGGCUCUACUUGAGGGACAGCUUGACCGCGCCGUGGCCCUCAGUGAAGUUGCUUCGGACCAACGGUCAGGUGGUCUGGCGGCCUGAAUGGUGUCUUCCGCAUUUCCAAGGGCCUGGCUCCUGGGAGGAGGGCGCCUCGAUGGGCGGUCUCUUCAGCUGGGCGCUGGAACCGGGCCACGUGAACUUCGGCGAGGGCUUUGAGGUGAACCUGCGCGACGAGCCCGGGCCUGACAGUCCGGACCUCGAGGAGGAUCGCUUGCCCAACGACUUCCUCUUGAGCUUCCGGCGUGGCCAUUCCGAAUGGCACUUCAGCGCGGGCAGCCGUGGCAGGCCGGGAGUUCAGAAGGUGGUGGCCGAUGAGACCUUUGGGACGGUGGGGCAGCGGCACAUGUUUUGGGCCGCCUGCCUUGAAGGGAGCGAUGGAAAGCACUACGUCAUCGUGGGCACCGUGCCGGGGCUCUUGUCGGAUCACUUCUUCGUCGCGAAGGUGGUCCGUCCUCGACCACUGACUCACCUGGGCUUCUCCUUCCUCCCUGGUGCAGGACCAUCGGCCGGUUUAGAGCCUCUGUGGAUCGAGAGCAUCACCAUCUAUCCGCACGGCUUGUCGGGGGAGCUGCCCUUCGUCUCCCAUCGCUACCUGGAGGUGGUCAAGGAAGAUGAACUGGAGGUCGAAACGGACGAUGGGGGGAGUCGCAGUCGGACGGGUCUGUUGCAUUCUGCUGAGCAGGGACGCGUGCCCGUUUUCCGGAAGCAGGGAAGCUCACCCUUGUUUUGCUGGAAGAACAGACCUGCCAGUGACAUCCGUUUCAGCACGACACUGGCUACAUCUGCGGUAGUCCGAAAACCACCCUCCCUGGUGACUGUGUUGAAGGAAUAA